AGCGCUAAUCCUCUUAAAUUCCAGUCAACAGAGGCGGAGCAAACCUCUCACUGCGUUUUACAGUUUCCUCCCCGCGAUUUACUGUGGCGAUUUGUGCGCGGUUGCAUGGCCGACGGACUUUACCGCAAUGAAUAAUGUUGUGUUUUUCUGUAGAGUAGCUGUGUACACGGUACGUUAAGGAGACGGAGCAGAUGCGGCUCUUGCCAUGAUUCGUCCCGGGAAGCAGAGCUUUCAAGCGGCGUUGAUCUUUCUGUCUGUCGCCCAGCUGACUGCAGGUCUGAGGUGCGUGUGUCAGCUUUGCGCCAACCACACCUGUGAGACGACCGCAGACGGCGCCUGCUGGAACUCUGUGAUGCUGAUUGACGGGAAGGAGGAGACGGUCAAGUCCUGCCUGUCGCCCUCUGAGAUGAAGGGCCAGGUCUUCUGCUACAGCUCCCGAAAUGUCUCCAAGAGGAACUGCUGCUUCACUGACUUCUGUAACAAUGAGACUCUGCAUCUUCACCCAGAGAGGCCUUUGGAAGAACCCGGCUGGAGCAGGCUGCAGCUCGCCGUGGUGAUCCUGGUGCCCUCCUGCUUGUUGUGUGUGGGGAUCCUGCUGGGUGUGUUUAUUGUGCAGGGCCACCGCUGUGCCUACAGUAGAGCCCACAAGCAGGACCCAGAGGAGCCUCUGGAUGACCAGAUGCUGAUGUCACCUGACAAAUGUCUCAAAGACCUCAUCUAUGACAUGAGCACCUCAGGCUCUGGAUCAGGUCUGCCACUGCUGGUCCAGCGGACUAUAGCUCGAACUAUCGUUCUGCAGGAGACCAUUGGGAAAGGCCGAUUUGGGGAGGUGUGGCGGGGCAAGUGGCGAGGAGAGGAUGUGGCAGUAAAGAUCUUCUCCUCCAGGGAUGAGAGGUCAUGGUUUCGUGAAGCAGAGAUUUAUCAGACAAUCAUGCUCAGACACGAGAACAUCUUGGGCUUCAUUGCGGCUGACAACAAAGAUAAUGGCUCAUGGACUCAGCUCUGGUUGGUGUCAGAGUACCAUGAACACGGCUCCCUGUACGACUACCUGAACAGGUACACAGUCUCUUUGGAAGGGAUGAUCGUCCUGGCUCUGUCCAUAGCCAGUGGGCUGGCACAUCUGCACAUGGAAAUCAUUGGGACACAGGGGAAACCUGCCAUCGCUCACAGAGACCUAAAAUCUAAAAAUGUCCUGGUGAAGAAGAAUGGCACGGCAGUCAUCGCAGAUUUAGGUUUGGCCGUGAAACACGACUCCAGCACCAACGCCAUCGACAUACCAUCCAACCACAGAGUGGGGACCAAAAGGUACAUGGCCCCAGAAAUCCUGGACGAGACGAUCAAUAUGAACAACUUUGAGUCAUUCAAGAGGGCGGAUAUCUACUCGCUGGGCCUGGUGUUCUGGGAACUGGCCCGAAGAUGCUCUGUCAGGGGACUACAUGAAGAUUUCCAGCUGCCUUAUUACGACCUGGUGCCUUCUGAUCCGACCAUAGAGGACAUGAGGAAGGUGGUGUGUGAGCAGAAACUCAGACCCAACGUUCCCAACCAGUGGCAGAGCUGUGAGGCUCUGCGUGUGAUGGGCAAACUGAUGAGAGAGUGCUGGUACGCCAACCCUGCCGCUCGACUCACCGCUCUGCGGGUCAAGAAAACUGUGUCUCAGCUGUCCGUCAUCAAAGACGUCAAAGAUUAGUUUGAUUUGUUGCACUGCAGAUCAGCGCUGGUGCUGGCACUGGUGCAACACGAUGGACUGAGAGAUGCUGGGAGCUAACUGGGAGAAACUGUUCUCUCUAACGGCCUGAGGCUGCCCUCUGCAGGAUGCAGCCACACUGUUCACCCUCAGAGAGCAACUUCAGGUUGUUGUUGGUGCCAAAGUAUUGUAGGGGGUGUCUGUGGCUGCUUUGCACAUAGGCACCUAAUAAAAAAAAGAACCAAACAGCUGGUAGGAAGAGCCAUAUGAAAUAAGACAAUGUAUAAUGUAUAUACAGAUUAUUUUGCUACCUCAGACAUUUAAGUGCCCAAAGCUUGAAGUUGCACAUUGUGAUGUUUUUGUGCCAUAUCUUGUAGCAAACACAGUAUUGCUGGGUAGUUAGUGUGCUUACUGACAAUCACAAAAGGAUACUGAAAAAAAUGGUUCUGGCUGCUUUUACAUGGCACACUUACAGACUGUCCCUGAUAAUCUGAAUUUAUAAGCGUUAAAAGUGCUUUUGAAUAGUGAUUACAGAGCUAUUGUAGAUUAAUGGUUUGUUGAAAGCUCAGUGGAAAGGUUACUGUACCACUGACAGGUACAAACUGUACAUCCUUUAGCUGAAUAUAUCCAAGUGGGUUGUCACCGUGAUUUAGUGCUGACCAAUGACAGCUGGUCCGCUGGUUCUGUUGGUCCAAAUACAUUGACACCUACUGAAUGGAUCAGAAUGACAUUUGGUACAAACAUUCCUGCUCCUCAGAGGAUGAACCCUCAUAACUCUAAAGAUCCCCUGACUUCAAAGUGACAGUUCACCACAAAAUCAAAAACACGUAUUUCCCCUCUUACCUGUAGUGCUGUUUAUCAGUCUAAAAUGUUUUGGUAUGAGUUGCAGAGUGUUGGAGGUAUCAGUCGUAGACAUGUCUGCCUGCUUUCGAAUAAAAUGGAACUAGAUGGCAGUCGGCUUGUGGUGCUCAAAGUGACAAAAAAAAAAAUUAAAAAACCCAAACUCAACAGCAAUGUCUCUUUCCAGAAAUCAUGACCCAGUUACUCAAGAUGAUCUACAGACCUUGUUGUGAGCAGAUUAGGAACUAGUUUCUUUCUUCCAAGGGAAACGUGCAUCUACUCGAGCUUGUGUGACAGUGUGAGAUGUAACCAUUAAUGGCAUCCUCCUCUGAUGUGCUUUGACAUAGCUCAGUGGUGCUAGGCGAGCUAGCACUGGAUGCACUCUUCCUUCUGCACGGUGAUACUGUCGAUGUUUGAAGUUUGUUAGAAAGACAAUAGUUCCUACAUGAAACUGCUCACAACAAGGUCUAUGGAUUGUCUUGAGUAACCAGGGGUCCCUUAUAAAUUUCCCGUCUCCAAAAUGUUCAUAAGCAUGGGUCAAAUUUUCUCCCAUCAAGUUUCUUUUUUGUAUAUCACAACUUUUGCAUGGGAAGUUGCAUACGCCUCUUUCAGGCCUCAGUUCGUGCAUAUGCAAUGUUUACAAAUGAGACCCCUGGUCAUGGUUUACCGCAAAGAGACAUUGCUGUUGAGUUUUUCAAAUGUGUUGUUUUGUCGCUUUGAACACCACAAACUGUGCCAUCUGUGCCAUCUAGCUCCAUUAUACUUGAGAGAAGGUACACAUCUCUACGGCUGAUACCUCCAACACUCGGCAACUCACACCAAAACAAUCUAGACUGAUAAACAGCACUACGGUAAGAGGAAAAAUGUGUAUUCUUGAUUUUAGGGUGAAUUGGCCCUUUAAGUUUAACUGAGGCUGAGCUGACACUGAUAAGAGUUUAGCCUGACAAACCAAGUCUUUCCCCCCCUUUUCAAUUAAGUUAAAAACUCUACCUUUUCUUUAACGCCACCCUCAGGCCAAACCCUAAACAUUGAGACCAACUAGUUAUAAGAAUUACAUUUAAAUUAUAAAGUUGUCUCCUCAUAUUUUAACAGCCUCAUGAGAUCAGUAGAGUAGCUACAGACUUUUCUUUGUCUCAUCCUUUACAUAAAGAGAAGUACAGCUAUAAGCUCCUGCUAUAAAUUUUGCACAUGUAAAGCUUCAGUUGCUGAAAAGAGCUGCUCUCUGACAGGUGAAUGGAAGUUUGUUGAAAAACAAAAGCUCAUUCAUGAAUGUGAAAAGUUACAUUUUAUAUUUCUGGAAUAUAUUUAUUCACACUGGAAGCAUGUUAUUCAAAUUAUAAUAUUUUAGCUGCCCUAAUGCACAAGUCCAAACUUCAGUAUUGUAAACAUUGGCUCAUCAGUAUUUUUUUUAACGGGGGAGUCUAACAGUUACGUACAGUAUAUGUUAGAAAACACUCCAUUUUACACGCUCAAUGCUGUUUUAUAUGGGGUUUCCCAAUGUGCCAGAUGAUUUGACAAAGCAAAACUCAGAUCAGAUCUUCGUGAAGAUCUUGAUAAAGCCAAUUAAAAAAAAUAAAACAAGACAAAUUGUCAUUGGUAGUACUUACAGAGCACAGUCAGGGUGAUGAGUGCACAUAUGAUUACCAAUGCCACUGUGUGAUGAGGCCUGUAAAGCCUUGUCAUAACAGGAUUAGGGAAAGUGCACACAAGUACACCAUGUGCAAAGGUGUGCCUGUGUGUGCACGUGUGUGUGUGUGUUUCAUAUCAUGUGAAGUGAUCCUGUAUUUAAAGCUGUGAAUCUGGUUAAUCAUUGUAGUGCUGUGGAGAAACUCUAUCUGUGUUUCCCCUCCAUCAUAGCUUUCAGUUCCAGGUACAUACGUCCAUGUAGCUGCUCAGUGUUGACUCAUAUACGAUGAUAAGUGUUCUCCUGUUAUGAUGGUGUCAUGAUUACUGGUUGAUAUGUAGCAUCAGCUGUGUUGCCUCUUAUAAAUAAGCUAUGUACAGUAGCCUGUUGCUUGUCUCUUGACAAAUAUCAGUUUAUGUACACGUCUUCAUUAUCGUCUUUCUCUGAAAUGAUUAGUCGACUUCAAUCAUGGAAUCACUCGACGUCGCAGAACGCAGAUAUGAAGUAUUAAAAAUGCAGUAUUAAAGUGUCCAGCUCUGCCUGCACCCAUUGAAAAUACUUGUAAUAUAAAUUUGUUUUUUUUAUCUAAUGUUGGAUGCUGAACUGAGCUUAUAUUUUGUCUAUUGUGUCAUAUCUGCUUCUCUGAGAAUCAGACAGGCGACACGACUCAUAGUUGAGCAUAUAAAAGACUUAUCAGUCAUUCCAAAGAGGAGUGACCACCAUGUGCAAUUUCUGACUGGUGUCUUUUUUUAUAUAUCUUGUAUAUGAAAUUGCUAAAUAUAAACUAAUGUGAUGCAGCUUUCAUGAAAUGAGACCUGCUUUUUUGAUUUUCAAACCAUCCAGUUAUUUAGAUGAAUACUUUUGAUUCAUGUGAAACUGUUUUGUGUUGAUGCUCAGAUUUCAUGCCACUGCAUUGUAUCUUUUCUCUUGCACUAUUUAUUCUAUAUAGAAAUACGUGAUAUCAGUGGGUCAAUAAACUGUUUUUCAUGGA